AUGGCCGAUGACAACGGAGCUAAGAAGCAUGGCGAUAAAGAAUCAGCCAGAGCCUGGGAGGCUGCUUUCACCCAGAGGUUCAGAGCCAUUUACAAGAAGUCCUGGAAGACCCUUUAUAUGCGGGAGAAGCGACCUGCAUUGUCAGCUCCUGAUGCACAGCUUACAGGCAGAGUUCCAAUCCCAGACG